UCUGAAACCUAACCCGCGUACGCACGUACGACUUACUGCGAUGUUUGUCCGGCCGUCAUCUUCGUCCUUUCUUCGGCGUGUGUGUGUGUGCUUAUAUAGAAUCAUAAUAAUUAUAAUAAUAAUAAUAAUUGGCCUUUUCUCCCCUGGCUGACGGUCGUCUACCGUCGACGGACGACUGAUAACGGACUGAUAACACUGCCUUUAUGGAUGCGAGCUGAUGAUGAUGUGCACUCCGAAAUCGUGUACCGCCGCCACCGUCCGCGCACUUCCGUCAGUGAUCUACAGCGGUCCACAGCGAACAAUAUAAAUUUAUAUACCUACCCGUAGUGCACGUCCGCGUCAACGCRAUCUUUGGAUUAUAUCCGSGCGCCAUUGUCGUCUUCGUCGUCUAUACGUACGUCGUCAUCGUCAAAAUAACCCACCACGGAGUCUCCGGUCCGUCCCGACCGACGAAUAUUACAUUAGAACCGCGUAAAAUUUAUACACCACAGCACCUAUAAUACCAACCAAAGGAGCUACUAUGCCAUCUAAGUCCCCACAAGUUAGUCAACUACAAACCGUAAAUGGGGCUGUAAACGGUAAUACUCCACACUAUGGAAACGAUGACGAAGUGGUCAUCAGUGGAAUAUCCGGACGUUUUCCGGAGUCCAAUUCAAUCGCCGAAUUCAAAGAAAACCUGUUCACCGGUGUUGACAUGGUCACCGACGACGAUCGCCGUUGGCCAGCCGGUUUAUAGGUUUAUGUAUAGUGA